AUGGCCCGUGGUGUGACUUUUGGCGAGCUUCUGCCCAACGGCGCCGACUACGUCGAGACCACAGCCACAUCUGCCAUCGACUUGCAACUUGAACAAAGUGAAAGAAGAAGAAGAAGGCGACGCCGCCAGAUGUGGGUCCAGAACUGGCUGACCACUAUGGCGAGACAGGAACACUGUCAGUACUACCACCUUGUACAGAGGUUGAAGCAGGACAAUCCAAAUCAGUUCAAGAAGUACAGGAGGAUGCCUGUGGAGCUCUUUGAUGAAAGGGCCCUGGAUGGAAAGAACAUCAAAAUCCGUGCACCUGCUCUGAGUGGAAGUGACUACUGGUGUGACGACAAAAGCUGCUACGCCAUCGUUCUCCUGGCGCUUGUGGACUACAACUACAAGUUCUUGUGGGUGGAUACUGGAGGGCUUGGACACCAAUCAGACGCCCACAUAUUUAGUGCAUUUCAUCUGAAAGACCGCUUGGAGACUGGUACACUUGGUCUACCCCCUCCUGAAACUAUUGAACAAGCUGCUGCUGGCGCAGGUGGUCAACAAAGGAGAACGUUUGUCAUGAAGCCAUGGUCUAAGAAGUACAUGACCAAGGAGGAACUGAACUACCGUAUUAUGGCUAACAGAUGGAGGCGUCUGAUGACUGUGUUUUAUCAAGCCCCUGAAGUUGCCCAGACCACAACAGAGUGCUAUAUAGUACUUCACAACCUCACGAGGUUGAAGUACCCAGCUACGCUACGAGCGCAUUACGGAUCCUUCAAGUCCAACAUAAAUUAUGAAGAGAUGGCCAUUAACACCCUAGAGGGGAUAUGGAACUGUUCCUUUGAAAAUGUAGACCUCGACACCCUCACGCAAUUCCACAUGCAGGAAAGCAAUACAACAAAGGAACAUCAUAAGUGUAUUAAAAAGAAUCCUGGUGUGAACGGAAUCGUAACAUGCUUACCUCAUCUCAAAGAACUAUGUCAAUCGAAGCGUAUUAAUUCACAGAAAGUAGUCCGUUUGCCUUUGAGACUCGUUUCUCCACUAAUGAAGAAAUACCCGGAUUUGAAAAUACUACACCUUGUUCGGGAUCCAAGAGCAUCCAUCAUAUCACAAUAUGUAAAGUUAAAAUAUUUCCCAUGGAACCAGUUACAAAAAUAUACAGAAACAUUUUGUGCAAGAGUCCACGAGGAUUUACAAACCACAGCCAAGAUAGCUCGGGAUUACCCAGGACGGAUAAAGCUAGUGCGAUACGAAACUAUGGCGGAACAUCCGUUAGAAAUAACUGACGAGUUGUAUCAGUUUGUGGACGCGAAAAUCACGAAGGAGCUGCAUAAAUAUGUCUACGACAGGACGUUGUCCGGCAAGAAAGACACAAAUUGUGUGACCUGUUUGGUCAAGUCAAAUGCGUCCGUCGCGGCUAAUAAAUGGAGAACAAGUAUAGGACUUCGGGCUGCACAGGCUAUAGAUGCCAAAUGUGGAAAAGUCUAUACUCUUCUAGGUUAUAAACCAGUGAAGACAGUUCUUGAUCUGAAAAAUCUCACAGGUUCUUUAAAAAUAAGUGAUAUAAAAUUCGCUGGAAUGACAGUCUGAGCUGUGUGAAACUGACUUUAUGAAAUAUUUAUUUAUUUAUGCAUUUCUACAUAUUUUUAUUUACACAUGGGCAGUAAUAAUUUCACAAUUCAAAUCAACCUGUCUGCACGUUCUAUGAUAUCAUUUAACUGAAUAUUAUAUAUUCAGUGUUGUUAAAUAUUCUGUAUUAAAUGAACAUUUUAGAAUCUCUCAA